GUUCUCGGCCCCCAACUACUAGAGCCACAGAUUUAAAGUAGUUCAUGUUUACUAUGCUAGAGCGUGGAAACUCACAAGUCACAAUCAGUCUAGUAGUGUCAGUCCCUCAGUUACCAUGUUGCACUCCUCCAUCCGUCCCUAUCCCUACUGUCCUACGUAGGGCCAGUUGUCCUUCACUGCGCAAGCGCUAGACAAUCAAGCCCUGCGCCCUUCUAAACCCUACACGUGACUCAGACCCUUCCGUCGAUAAAACCAGUCGGUGCUUCUCACAACAAACUCACGCCUUGAAUUAUUUGUUGACAUCACAGGUUUUGUGUUAAAAACUGCGUUGUAUUCACGUGAAAAAAGAGGGUUUUAGUGACAAUCUGAAUUGUGUGCUUGAACGUUUUUUAGCGUGUGCGUUAUUUUUAGUGUUACGUGUAUGCUACCUGCCUAGUUGAAAUAAUGUUAUCGAGCUGGCUAUGCUGCCUGAAAUGGGAGCUGCAUCUUGUUCCCCUGAGUCUUCUUCUCAUCUGCCUGCUGCCCCUCGCUUCCAACAACAAGCUCCGCUACCAUGGCUGCUUUAUUGUCUAUGUUGUCCUCGUGUCGCUGCUGGCCAUCGUCCUUAUGCCUGUCUUCAUUUUCAGGCCAAAGAAUGUCUACAACUCACUAAUGGCAGCUAAUAUAGCAAGACUGACUUCGAAACUGAUUGGAAUCAAUUGGAUUCUGAGGAGAGGUGAAGUUAUCAAGGAGGAGAGGGGAGCCAUCAUUGUAUCCAACCAUCAGUCAAUGUUCGACAUUCUGGGCAUGUUCGACAUCUGGCACGUUAUGGACAAAUGUGCAGCGAUUGCGAAAAAAGAGAUAUUUUACGUGUGGCCGUUUGGGCUGGCAGCCUGGCUUGCCGGGGUGGUUUUCAUUGACCGGCUCAAUGGCAAGGUGGCCAACAAACAGUUGUCCGAAAUAUCUAAACAAGUUUUCUCCAACAAUAUCAAGAUGUGGAUUUUCCCAGAGGGAACAAGGAAUCGAAACAGAGACAAGUUCUUGCCCUUCAAGAAGGGUGCUUUCAAGUUGGCCAUUCACUGUCAAGUGCCUAUUCUUCCAGUGGUGUUAUCGCCCUACUAUUUUGUCAACGAUGAGAAGAAAUACUUUGGCAGAGGAGACAUUAUCAUAUCCUGUCUGGACCCCAUCUCGACAGAAGGCAUGACAGAAGAUGACAUAGAAAAACUUAUGGAGAAAACUAGAGAGGUGAUGUCAAAGCAUUACGACCAACUCAAAGAAGAAGUCUACAAGAAACAGCAGUCCAACUACUCUUCCGAUCAGAACAGAUAGAUUUUAACAAAUUUGAAAAAAAAUGUAAAUAAGUCUCUCUGAUGUUCCUCAUCUCGAGAGUUGUCGUUUUUAAUAUUUAGGACCAUGUUGGAAAAUAUUCAUUUGAGUUAAUUUUAAACUCAUAUUGUUUUAUUGUAACCGCUACCAUUUGUUAUUAGUUGGGAUAUUUUUUCUAUGUUUUGGGGAAACGUGUACCAACUUUUUGUUAUAAGUUGUUGUUGAUUUUUUACCAGAUAUUUAUUAUUACUGAGCUACAAAGCGAGUUCUUCAUUAUUUUCUAAUUUUGUAGAUUAAUUUCUGAACAAGAGAGGCUUCUCAAAAGAAAACUCAAAUCUGUUUUGAAGUAGUCUUUAAAUAGUCUGCAUGAUUAAAGAUUCAAUAAUCAUUUAAUCAUUAUAAGGAAUCUUCAAAAUCCCUUUUCUUCUACUGAUCAAAUAUUGUGAAAAUUAAGACUGUCUUUACAGUGGCAAUAAUAUAGUUUGAUAGGUUUUUCGAAUUUAUGAUGUCAAGAUUUAUGAAUAUUGAGUAAUUGAGUACAUAUAUUUGUCCUGUGAGUAUAAUGUUAUAUCAAUAUGAAUGUGUCUUUCUAAACUGUGAUAGAGUAAAGCUGAUAUUUUAUAGUAUACUCAUUGAAUAUUUGUGUAAAAUACUCUAUCCUAAAUGUAUGAUAAAUGAUAAUAUAAUGUUCGAAUUUCAACUAUAGUGCGAUUCUCUUCAUAUUGUCAGCAUUUUUCUCAUAAAUAACAUCAAUACUUUGCACUCAAAAAAUGCUGAUAUUUUAAAGUGAUUCUCACCAUGGCUAUAUUAUGUUAUUGCACCGUAGGUUUUUUAGGUGAUUUUUGGAUUUGAAUUUUAUUGAUUAAAUUGGAAUCUUUUGAUUAUAAUAGUGGGUCUCACAAUUAUCAUUAUUAUUUUUCUCAAUUACAUUCCUAUAAAUUAAAUUUUAUUAAUCGAAAUAGAUUUUUCUGAUAGUGGAUUAAAUUACUUCCAUCAUUGUUGCUGAUGAUAUUCUUAUAAAUUGAAUUGGCGUCUUAUCGAUAAUGAUAGUGAAUUUGGAAAUAAAUAUAACUCUUAGUAAUAAUAUUCCAGUGUGAAGUGAGAGAUGAAGUGACAAUCACUUUUGUGUUCUUGGCAAAUGGAAAGAAUGGAACGAAUUAAAAUUUUGUCACUUUGA